AUGGCAACUAUGGCGGAAACUCAAGCGGUGAAUGGACAAGCUGAUCAAGGUCUAGCAUCAAUUUUUUCCAUUGCCACAGCCAAUCCAUCCAACUGCAUCUACCAAGCUGAUUAUCCUGAUUAUUAUUUUAGAGUCACUAAUUCUGAACAAAAGAUGACAUUGAAAGAGAAAUUCAAACGCAUUUGCGAGAAAUCAAUGAUAAAGAAGCGAUACAUGCACCUGACAGAAGAAAUCCUCAAAGAAAAUCCAAAUUUUGGUGUCUACAAUGCCUCAUCUCUGGACGCACGUCUAGACAUGAAAAUAGUGGAGAUGCCAAAGCUCGCUGAAAAAGCAGCAUCGGCUGCGAUCAAAGAGUGGGGCCAACCAAAAUCUAACAUCACCCACCUCGUCUUCAAUUCAACAUCCGGCGUUGAAAUGCCCGGCGCCGAUUACCAGCUGAUCAAGUCCCUCGGCCUAAAACCGUCCGUCAAGAGAGUAAUGCUCUAUCACCAAGGCUGCUUCGCCGGAGGCACCAUCCUCCGCAUUGCCAAGGACCUCGCCGAGAAUAACCCCGGUGCUCGGGUUCUUGUCGUGUGCUCUGAAAUCACAAUCACCACCUUUCGUGGGCCAUGCGAGGAAGAUAUGGCAAACCUCGUGGGCCAAGCAAUCUUCGCAGACGGUGCGGCGGCCGUCAUUAUCGGUGCCGAUCACGCCGGCACUAAUGGUUUGUCAUCUGUUGAAAAGCCAUUAUUUCGCCUUGUUUCAUCGUCGCAAACUAUUCUUCCCGAGUCGGAAGGCACAAUUGAGGGACAUAUACGAGAAGUUGGCAUGACAUUUUAUCUGUCGCCGAAAGUUCCCCAACUGAUCGGCGACAACAUUGGGACAUGUCUGGAUGAUGCGUUUAGGCCAUUCGGGAUAAGCGACUGGAACUCGAUAUUUUGGGCGCCGCAUCCUGGUGGCGCCGCCAUUCUCAAGGCGAUCGAAGCGAGAGUUAAGCUGGAGAAAGAGAAGCUUAGGACUACAUGGCAUGUGCUGAGCGAGUAUGGGAAUAUGUCGAGUGCGUGCGUGUUUUUUAUACUAGACGAGAUGAGGAAAAGGUCGUUGCAAGAGGGAAUGAGCACCACCGGCGAAGGUCUCGAGUGGGGAGUUCUGUUUGGGUUCGGGCCGGGACUCACAGUGGAGACUGUCGUCUUGCAAAGCGUACCUAUAUACAAAUAUUAA